GAAAAUCUCCCUGGUAACGGCCGCGUGGGCACAGCGGCGGCAACGGCGGCGGCGGCAAGAUGAAGAUCGAGGAGGUGAAGAGCACGACCAAGACGCAGCGCGUCGCCUCGCACAGCCACGUGAAGGGGCUGGGGCUGGACGAGAGCGGCCUGGCCAAGCAGGCGGCCUCGGGGCUCGUCGGGCAGGAGAACGCGCGAGAGCCGUGCGGCGGGAUCGGGGAGCUGAUCAAGAGCAAGAGAUGCGCCGAGCUCAGCCUCCGACUUCUUGGCCCCCGGGGCGUGGGCAAGACGGCCCUGGCCCUGGCCAUCGCACAGGAGCUGGGCACCAAGGUCCCCUUCUGCCCCAUGGUGGGCAGCGAGGUCUACUCCGCCGAGAUCAAGAAGACCGAGGUGCUGAUGGAGAACUUCCGCAGGGCCAUCGGGCUGAGGAUCAAAGAGACCAAGGAGGUUUACGAAGGCGAAGUCACCGAGCUAACCCCGUGCGAGACCGAGAACCCCAUGGGGGGCUACGGCAAGACCAUCAGCCACGUGAUCAUCGGCCUCAAGACGGCCAAGGGCACCAAGCAGCUCAAGCUGGACCCCAGCAUUUUUGAAAGUCUGCAGAAGGAGCGAGUGGAGGCCGGAGACGUGAUUUACAUCGAGGCCAACAGCGGGGCCGUGAAGAGACAGGGCCGGUGCGACACUUACGCCACGGAGUUCGACCUGGAGGCCGAGGAGUACGUGCCUCUGCCCAAGGGCGACGUGCACAAGAAGAAGGAGAUCAUCCAGGACGUGACCCUCCACGACCUGGACGUGGCCAACGCCCGGCCCCAGGGGGCCAGAUCCAUCCUGUCCAUGAUGGGGCCAGUGGUGAUGAAAGCCAAAGAACAGAGACACGACAAGCUGCGGGUCGGCGAGGAUCAAUCAAGGUGGGUGAACAAGGUACAUCACCAGGGCGUGCGGAGCUGGUGGCCGGGCGUGCUGUUCGUGGACGAGGGUGCCACAUGCAGGCAUCGAGUGCCUUCAACCUACCUGCACCGGGCCCUGGAGUCCGUCCACGUCGCCCCCAUCGUCAGUCUUUCGCCCUCCAACCGGGGCAACUGCGUCGUCCGGGGCACCGAGGACGUGACGUCGCCCCACGGGAUCCCGCUGGACCUGCUGGACCGCGUCAUGAUCAUCCGCACGAUGCUCUACACCCCGCAGGAGAUGAAGCAGAUCAUCAAGAUCCGGGCGCAGACCGAGGGCAUCAACAUCAGCGAGGAGGCCCUGAACCACCUGGGCGAGAUCGGCACCAAGACCACGCUCAGGUACUCGGUGCAGCUGCUGACCCCGGCCCACCUGCUGGCCAAGAUCAACGGCAAGGACGGCAUCGAGAAGGAGCACGUGGAGGAGAUCAGCGAGCUCUUCUACGACGCCAAGUCCUCCGCCAAGAUCCUCGCCGACCAGCAGGACAAGUACAUGAAGUGAGGCCGGGCCGGCCUCCGCUCCCCGGCCUCCACACCCCCGGGCCUCCGCUCCUG